AUGGCUGGUAGCACCAUCAAGACAGUGCACAGUAUCUUUCAGAGCAUGGACUCCGGACCAGCUGCAGCUUCCAGCACUGCCACUGCACAGGCCUGGCUGGAUCACCAUUCCCGUUCUCUGGGUCUGUUCAUCGAUGGCAAGUUUGUCCGUCCAGCCGACAGACUGAGUCGUUCCCUGACUGAUUCUAAAGGUGGUACUGUGUGCAGCACAGUGUGCGCUGUGGAGGACGAUGUUUCCCAGUGUGCCUCCUCUGCUGUUGAAGGCUACAAGGCCUGGGCUGGCCUGAGCUGCUAUCAGAGGGCCAAAGUGCUGCUCAGGUUGGUGGGCGUCCUCGGUCAGCACGGUCAGUGUGUGUCGGAGCUGUGUGAGCUGUGCGAGGCGUCCUGCUCACCCUCCGUCCUCAUCAGACUGCUGCAGUACUACAGCAGCUGGGCUCAGCUCAGGGACACUCUCAUCACCGACUGGACACCACUGGGUGUGGUGGCAGUAGUCGUCUCUGAUGACUGCUCUCUCUAUUCCCUUAUGCUCAAAGUCCUACCAGCACUGGCCAUGGGCAACUCCGUCAUCGUUGUCCCUGGUCGGAGCAGCGCCCCUACGGCCCUCCUGUUGGCGCAGCUUUUUAUGGGAGCAGGGCUUCCUGCCGGGGCUCUUAAUGUUUUAACAGGAAGCGACAUGUCGCUGGGUGCCAAAGUGGCCCAGAACCCCAGCAUCAGCUACGUCACCUACAGCGGCAACAAGCAGGAUGGGGUGAUGCUGUGUAAGUCCACAGCGGAGUUGGGCGUUCCCGUUUCUGUCACCCCCUACAUCGGCGCCAGCUGUCCCUUCAUCAUCUUUGAGUCAGCCGACAUCGACAGUGCGGUGGACGCAGUGAUAGAGACGGCCUUCAAGAAGAAAAGAGAGGUCCACUGGGUGCUGUGCGUGCAGGAGAGUGUGCUGGACAGCGUGGUGGCCCGUCUCAGGCUCCGUAUGGCAGGGAUGAAGUGCGUGGCCCUGCAGAGUCUCGGGGACCGGGUCCUGGUGGACGCUGCAAUACAGGAUGCUCAGCAGCAGGGGGCCAAGUUGGUUCAGUCCUGCACUGCCCCCCCUUCAGAUGCUCAGUACCCUCCCACAGUGCUCUGCGGGGCGGCCCCCUCCUCUCCAUUUGUGGUCAGCCCCUCUCCUGGACCACUGCUGCCCCUCAUGACCUUCAGAAGCAACACAGAAGCAGUGACCCUCGGAAACCACAGUCCUCAUGGCCAGGCAGCCUCCAUCUGGACUGAAGACCUCACACUGGCUUUGGAGACAGCUAAGAGUCUGUCAGUCGGCUCAGUGUGGGUGAAUUCCCACUCUGUGUCUGACCCCUGUUUGCCCGUCUCUGGUCACAAAGACAGCGGCACCUGCACUGACGGAGGACAGGAGGGUCUCUACCAGUUUCUACGCCCGUCCUCUUCUUCUUCUCCUCCUCUACCUCGUUCCUCCCCUGUUUCUAUCAGUUCAACCUUUGGAACAGCAGCAUCCCCAGCUGUCAUUCCUGAUGACUCAGACCCUGCCAGUGCUCCAAAGUCCUACCUGCAGUUUGUCGGAGGUAAGCCAUGUAAAUCAGUGUCUGGCUGCAGUGUGGCCGUGCAGUCACCAGCGGGCGGCGGCGUGUUAGCCUAUUGUUCAGAUGGAGGCCGGAAAGACGUCCGUAACGCCGUGGAGGCUGCUGUCAAAGUCCAGCCUGGCUGGAUGAAAAAGAGUCCGUCUGCACGCGCUCAGUCACUCUACUCUCUGGCCAAGGGCCUGGAGGCAAAGAGGCGGGACAUGGCUGCAUCAAUCACUGCUCAAACCGGCCUCUCAAUGGACGAGGCUGACACGGAGGUGGAGCUCAGCAUCGCCAGGCUCAGUGAUUGGGCGGCUUACUGCGACAAAAUCCAAGGAGGAACUCUGCCUCUGCCACAGUCUGGCUCUGCUCUCUCCAUCCCUGAAGCCCUGGGAGUCGUGGGGGUUGUCCUCCCAGACAAGAAUCCCCUCCUCUCUAUGGUAACACUGCUUGGGGCAGCCAUCGCCAAUGGCAACGCCGUCGUCAUGGUCCCCAGUCAGAAGUAUCCACUACCAGCCUUGGCCUUCAUUCAGGUGCUCCAGUCUUCAGAUCUGCCAGCAGGAUUGGUAAACGUCAUUUCAGGAAGUAGAGACCAGCUGACAGUGGCUCUGGCUAAUCACAGCGUCUUCAAGGCCAUCUGGUACUGGGGCAGUGCUGAGGGCUGUCACUACCUCCGGUACACCUGCACCAGCCCUCUGAAAACCCUGCGCCUGUUCUGUCAAAAGGAAGAUGGAGGGAAGGACUGGACUCAGUCUCAUCCCUCGCUUCUGGAAGAGAUGUGGAGGAACGCCGUCCAGUGGAAGAGUGUCUGGAUUCCUACUGCAUAAAAAGACAGAGAGAGGGAGAACGAAAGAUGAAGGUGACACAAAAGAUAGAGGGAGGGGUGGGAGAGUUGCAGAUAUCCACUGUAACAUCAGCCUGUAGAGUUAAACUGUGACCUGUAGGAUGUAGAUUUAAACGGAAGGAUCGAAAAUUAACUCUGACAAUGAAAUCAAAUGAAAUCCCAAGAUGUCAGUGAAAUGAACAGUGAACAAAGAACACAUACCCCCCCCUAAUCGACUGUUUACUAAGCCCAACCCUCAUUAAUUACUGUUUUUCCGCCUCAAGUCAAGCUUUCUAUUCUCUUGCGGCACAUAUGCAGAUUACAAUCACAACGUUGGCAGAUUUACUACUCAGAAUUCUUUGUAAUUUUCAAAACAAUGAUUCCUUGAUUUCAGACAGAGAUAGACAAAAGCAGGAUUCUCAUUUCUAGCUAUCCAGCUCAUUAAGGCGUUUUGUGAAUUGUCGAUUACGAGUGCUUCUUAUUGUUUUCACUGUUUUCCACAGUUUCAUAUUUUUGUGGAAGCCUGUGAGCGAGCGAUUUGUUCCAACAUGUUGUGGCCAAGUAUGAAGUUAUAUAACCCGAAAGAAUGUGGCACCAAGCAGCCAUCGCAGAAAAAAAUGGCAAAAUGACAUCAACAAAAUCAAAGCAAAAGAAGUUAACACAAAUCUUAUAACCAUGGAAAUGUCAUAAUAUGCAGCACAGACUCACGUUUUUCAGGUAUUUUUAACAGCUUUAUGGUUUCAUCGGGCUGAUGAAACCAUAAAGUCGUAUGAGAUACUCACCAAUGAACAUACAUCUUUAAAAUGAAGUUGGAAUAUGAAACUCUGUCCUGUUACCUUUUGUUAGAAAUAUAGUUCAACAAAAUGCGUAAAUGUAACGUUUCCCACAAAAAGGAUUAAAAUGCUUCUUAAAAUUAGAUCAGCGUCAGGGACAGAAGGACGUGAAGGCCCGGGGUCUGACAACUGGGAUUUAUUUAGCAGGUAGUGAGUGAGCAACAUAAGAAAAUUGAGAUUAAAUAUAUUAACAGAUUUAAUAUUGAAAAAAAACAUAGAGCCCUUAAAAC